UCACAAAAUUUAAGUAUAAUUUCAAGGCUCAGAAGACGCCUGAAGACGCCUGGAACAACGUAAUUUUAGCAUCACAAGGAGUGCGUACAGACAAGCUUUGUUCGUAGCUCUGCAUGGGUAGAUUUUUGGUUAAAGUGGAAUCAUAACGCCAACAAUAGACAACAUCUGAUUAAAAGCAAAAGUCAGUCAGUGUGAUAUUGAAAUAGCGCGCCGUAGCAUUGCUGCGAAAAGCAGGAUGCUAUUUCGCGGCGUGCAGGUCCUGCAGCGAAGACACCAGCAGUUCAGCAGAGCUAUUAAUCACUUUUCUGUGCGACGUGACUCCGGCAAAAGUUGGAUGCAAAAUGACUCCGAACUCAUCAGGCCCCAAGCGUGGACUCGUCCUGGCAUGUUCAUCCAGUUUCGGUGUACUGCUGGAGGCAGCGAUUCCACUAAAAAAGAGAAGGCGCUGGAAUCGAAGGAGGAGACGACUGAGGCCAAGCCGAAUGCUAGACAAACAAAAAACUUCGAGGUGAAAACUUCCAAGGGGAUCCUAAACAUUAGCACGACAAUUGAAGACUCGAAGAUCAAUGAGAUUGUAUUUGAGAAAUCCGACACAACGAACAUUAAUUUAAAGUCCAAUGCAAGUGCAACAGUAGGAGGAGGAGCCGAUAGUACCACGGGAUCCGAAACCCCGCAUAGCUCCCCCACAUCUGCUCCGAAGUCAUCGCCACCUGUUAAGGACACCAAGGUCAGUCCAACACCACCACCUGCAGAGACUCCACCUGCCGUCACACCCACACCAAAGCGCGCUCGCUUUGAUUAUCGCGCCUCACUAGAGCGUAACUUUGUGACUCCUGGAAGAGCAAUUGCAGAUUUUAUGUUAACGGCUGCUGACCUGGACUCUCUAUCGAAGAUCAAGAGGAGAUCUCCAUACGAACAAGAGCCUCCCAUGACCGUCUACUGGCGACGAGAUGUCGAGGCAAAAGCUGUGGAAGUAUGGGGCUCCAAGGAGAACCUUCUGCGUGAGCGUCUCAAGCGCGAGGUGGAGCGCAAACAGUACCAGCAGAAUUUGUUCACUGUGAAACGCCGCCUGCGCGACUAUCGUCGGGAGAUUGGUUCUCGCACCAAAAUUAUGAUGGAUAAUCAAACAGAGUCAGAGAAAUCUGCUCAAGUAGUCGCCACCGCAAUUGCCAUCAAUGCAGCUAAUUUGCUCUUCAAGGCAGGUGGAUGGUUUUACAGUGGCUCCCAUAGCAUGUUUGCCGAGGUCAUUCACUCGCUGGCGGAUCUUAUUAACCAGCUUAUACUCGCGUUUGGCAUCUACAAGUCCUCGCAGAGUCCUGAUACCGACCAUCCCUAUGGUUACAUGAACAUGCGAUAUGUGUCUUCGCUGAUCUCAGGCGUGGGCAUCUUUUGUGUCGGCUGUGGCCUGUCCAUCUAUCAUGGUAUAGAGGGCAUUCUCCAUCCACAGCCCAUCGCCGAUCUCUUCUGGGUCUACUGCAUUCUGAUGGGAUCGCUGGUCUCCGAAGGAGCUACCCUGAUGGUUGCCAUAAAUGAGUUGAAGCGUGCGGCCCGUGUAAAUAACGUGAGCUUCAAGGAAUACGUUAUUUCUGGCAAGGAUCCCUGCGUGAAUGUGGUGCUCUGCGAGGAUGCUGCUGCCGUGACUGGUGUCAUAGUAGCCGGCACCUGCAUGGGACUGAGCAGCUAUACGGGCUCACCUAUUUUUGACGCCGCAGGAUCGCUUGUUAUUGGCGGUCUUCUGGGCGCUGUGGCCUCUUUCAUUAUAUACACCAAUGCCAAUGCUCUGGUGGGUGUCUCCAUUUCAACCGACCGUCUUGAGAAGAUCAACACUGCGUUGGAGGCUGAUGUAAUGAUCCGAGCCAUCUAUGAUGUCAAGGGCAUUGACAUUGGUAAUGCUCGUGUGCGCUAUAAGGCUGAGCUUGACUUUGAUGGUCGCGAGUUGACGCGCUCGUAUCUGGACAAGCAGGAUCUCGCCAAGCUACUAACGACUGUUCGUGGGUUCCAAAAGGUGGACGAUCUGGAGACCUUCCUGCUCGCCCAUGGCGAAAACAUUGUGGACCUGAUGGGCGGUGAGAUCGAUCGCAUUGAAAUGAAUCUGCGGACGCAAUUUCCGGAAAUUCGACACGUGGACCUUGAAAUACUCUAGGACAGGUUCCCUACCUUGUGGGACUGUUGAAUACAAACAAAAAGCAUUAGGUGAUUGGGUGCUUUCCAUAAGAAAUGAUAUCCUGUUUAGUUUAUAUUUAUUUUCCAUUGUCUACUGAAUCUAUCUAGUAUCAUUAACAUUAAAUGUGUUGGGCCUGGAUAUUUCUAAAGUCGUCUGGCUGAAGUGAAGGAUACCCGGCUAUGAGUUUGUAGUUGAAUUAAGUGUGCUUUUUUAAUCCCAUGCCCCGUUGAAACCAGUGAGAGCUAUGUACUAUAAUAAUAUAAAUAUAAAUGCAAUUAACUAUAA